GUAGAUAUUAAAUCAUCCUCAGCUCCGCUUCCUUUGUGUUCCUCUCCGUCUUCAUGUUCUCGUUUUCGCUUCAGUGUCCUGUCUCUUCUAGUUGUUCUGUUACGUUACCGUCUUCACCACUCUCGUCGGAGAUCUCUGUGGUUUCAACGAUGUUAGUCAAGGUCACAGGAUCUGGGUUCUUCUCUGUGGUCUCUAUGAACUGUUCGGGUCUCUCUUCUACCGCGCCGCUCAGAUCUAUUAGCCGCCUCUCCGAAACUUCAGUAAAGAGGCUCCUACGUGAAGGCUUAUCGUGGCGACCCAUGUAUCAACCACCGCAGUGUAUCCUCCUCUCCUCAGAUCCGGUCGAGAAAGCGUCGACGACUAUCCGCGGGGAAUCACCCCUGACCCGACGACCAGAUCUGGCUACUCGAGGUAUUCUGAUGCUGAGGUGGAGCUCCUCCUGUAACGCUCCCACCAUCGCCACCCCGGCAGAGAGAGGUCACGCCUACUGGUCUAUCAAGUCCGUCAACGACCUCCACCCGAAACCUGUCACUUACCCGCUGCAAUCACCUUUCCCGUUCGUAGAUCUCGUGGUCGCAGAGACGUAUGGUACUGGUGAGUUUCGUUUUCCAAACGACAACUCUGACUCAUCUCCGACCUUCUUCAACGGGAACUCCAACCACUCCGAUAAGAUACACGCUUCUCCGUCUCUACCUCGGGAUCCCCUCCGCCCCUCAGCCGUCGACCUUUACUCCGGCGAGCAACCCAGCCCACUCACUCAUCCGACUGAGCUCACUCUCUCCUUUGGGCUGAAAGCCCUUUUGGUUUGGGCCUGGACCUCUAAAAAGGCUGGGUAUAUCUCUUAUUUGGGCUCUGGUGACCCAUCACUAUUGAUGGCUCAUGUCAAUGCCGCGAACCUUUUUUUAUACAAGAAGACCUCUAAUCGAUUCUACUCACUGCCAAACACCGCCAUUGGUGUUUUCUUUAAGAAUACGUCUUCAUCACUGGGUCUCCUACCCAGCUUCCUAUCCAAUCUCUUGCUGGCCAGCAUCCUCCAGCUCCACAAAAAAUGGCACCUUACAUACCUAGGCUUCGCUAUGUCCUCACAAAUUGGUUCAAUUACACAAGCUGAAAGGGAAUUUGGUUGCUUAUCAUCACACCAUUUCCAGUCCACAAUGAAGAUAUGUUCGUUUAAGGAAUGGUCAGUGUCAUAUUCUUCCUCCGGUAAGACGGGAUUACUUCUCUCUUUAGUGAAGAGAACAUCCUCAUCUAGCUCUGCCUCAAAGGAGAAUUCUCCACCAUCAGAGACGGUGUCUAUCCGCUCUCAAACCCUUUCAAAUGGGUGUUUCAACGUCGUUCUCGACUACAAUUUGUUGUUUCAAACAACAGUUUUAGGAAUCCAAGUGAAGCUGCUCUAUGGGUUGUUCCACUCCUUUAACACAUCUAUCCUUUGUUUCGUUGUUAUGGUCUUCUUUCUUUGUUUUACCGUUGAGAUUUCCUCCGGUUGUAAGCUUCCAACCCCACGGGGUUUUUAAUUUAAUAUAAGCAAUGGUUGUCCAAAAAAAAAGAUAUUAUAUCUCCAUUUUUGUUCAAAACAAAACCAUUCUUCAAAGAAAAACACCAUUCUUAUAUAUUAGCCUAUCAUGG